AGUGAAAGCUCAUAACCAAAGUCCACUUCUCAAACUACACUCUAUACUCGUCUUAGUUCUACCUUGAUAACGCAUACCUGACCACCACUAUGCAAACCCUCUCCAUUCUCACCACCCUCCUGUUAGCGACCUCCUCUCUUGUCCUCGCCAAUCCCACCAGGCCUGUCUGCGGCACCUGCAACCCUCUGUCGGGCCAAAACAACUGCGAUAUCACGACCUCGUGCAUCAACACGGGCACCCGGUUCCAUUGUGCCUGUCGCGCGGGUUACAAGGCGUCGAAGGACAACAAUGAUAUCACCAAACAGUUCCGCUUGAACGUGCCCAAUUACCAGUUCCUGGUGUUUACUCCGGAGUCAACUGAGUGUAAUACGCUCUGCGAUAACCCGUACGGAGCGGGCCCGAAUCUGUGUGCUGAAGUGCCGAUUCAGAAUAGAUGCGAGGUUUAAGAGACUCUUGAAUUGAUUAUGGUUGGUGGGAACCGGUAACUAUGCAGGUAGAUAAUGGGGUGGUUGAGGGUGAUGAAGUCGUACAUGAUUGGUAAUUUGAUAUGGAUGGCUGUUGUCAGGGUUGAUCUACAUUCCUUUGUUGAGCUUUAGCGCUAUAGCUUCAGCUUGCCGUUCCUGAACCUGAGCUCUAAUCGAGAUAGUGAUUCUGUUUCCACUGGUUCUAUUGGAAAUCAUAAUGAGGUAUAUAUUGUUCCCG